AUGCCCGCGCUGCGCUCGCUCAGCCUGCGCGGCAACGCCCUGCAGCAGCUGGAGGACGGCGCGCUGGCGGGCCUGUCGCGUCUGCAGCUGCUCGACCUGGCGGACAACCGCCUGGAGGACGCGCACCCGCGCGCGCUGCGCGACCAGACGGCGCUGCGCGAGCUGCGCCUGCGCGGGAACCGCCUCGCGCAGCUGUCGGCCGACCUGCUGCGCCGCGCCGAAGGCCUGCGCGUGAUCGACGAGCUGGACGCGUCGCGCAACGCGCUGCGCGCCUUCCCGCUGCCGGAGGCCGGCGACUUCUCGCUGCCGGCGCUGCGCGCGCUCGACCUGUCGCACAACCUGCUGGCCGAGGCGCCGGCCACGGCGGCGGCGCUGCGCCGCGCGCUGCCGGCGCUGCAGGAGCUGCGCCUGGGCCGCAACCGGCUGCGCGAGCUGCGCGCCGACGCCUUCGCCGACCUGCCGCACCUGCAGCUGCUCGACCUGAGCGGCAACGAGCUGCGCGAGCUGGCGCCCGGCGCCGUGCGCGCCCUGCCGCGCCUGCGCGCGCUGCGCCUCUCGCACAACCGCCUGCGCGCGCUGCCGGCCGGCGCCGCGCAGCACCUGCCGCACAUGCUCAGCGCCGAGCUGCAGCACAACGAGAUCGCGGAGAUGGCGCCCGGCUUCAUUCAGGCGCCUUCCGCUUGCCGAGGGCUGAGGAGUAAGCUUGUGCGCGUGCCGCAGGAGGCGCCGCGGCUGCUGCUGCUCAACCUGUCGCACAACGCGCUGGAGGCCGUGGAGCGCGCGGGGCUGCGCGGGCUGCGGUCGCUCGAGGUGCUCGACCUCUCGCACAACCGCCUGGCGCGCGUCGCGCAGGACAGCCUCGCCGGCGUCGACUGGCUCGUCGAGCUCAGGAUGGACGACAACCGCAUCUGCAGCGUGCAGGGCGCGCCGUUCAGCCACAUGGCGCGCCUGCGCGUGCUGAGCCUGCGCAACAACCGCAUGUCGGCGCUGCGCGAGCGCGCGUUCCGCCGGCUGCGCGCGGGGUCCGGGGCGGCGACGGCGCAGCUGCGCGUGGAGGGCAACCCGCUGGCGUGCGCGUGCGGCGUGCGCUGGCUGCGCGACUGGCUGCCGCCCGGGGAGCCCGGGCCGCGCUGCGCCGACGGGCAGCUGCUGCGCGAGCGCGCGCUGGCCGAGGGCGACGACGCGUGCCCCGGCGGCCGCCGCGACCCGCCCCCGGCGCCCGGCUGCCCCGACGCGCCCGACGGACACGCCCACUCCGCCGUGCGAGACAGCACCCCAGCGCCCUCCGCCGCGCCCAGUCCGCCCAGCCCCGAGGAGUCCGAGUACUUCUACGACGAGUACGUUGAGUACCAGUACGACGAGAACGCGACGGCGCCAGCAGAGGCGGCGGCGGCAGCGGGCGGAGGCGACGUGCCGGCGCUAGUGGCGGUGGUGACGGCGGCGCCGCCCCCGCACCAUCACCACCACCAGCACCACGCAAGCAGCACUCUGUCGCCGCACCUGGUGCCCGGGGACACGCCCACUCUCUACGCCGGCAGCACGCGAGGGAGCGGCAACAACCAGCCCACAAGAGGGGGGGAGACAGAUGGUGGGAAAUGGGGAGAAGGCGUAAUUUGCGAUGUGCUGCCGCAGGCGAACAAGACAGUGCUGGUGCCUCCGCAGCCGGGCCAGCAGGCACCGCCCCCAGCCAGCGGCAUCACCUUCUUUGGCUUCCCGCUGCCCAGCCUCAGCCUGGGCGGCCUCUGGGGGUCCGCUCGCAAGUCGGAUGCGGCCACCAGCCGGCACGGCGAGGUCAGUCACACCCCGCCCCCGGCCCCGCCCCCGCACAACUAG